AUGCAAUACUAAUAACAACGCAUUUCAACUACUCAAGAGUAUAAAUAUACUUCACAAACAAAAAGCGCCAGGACUAACACUCCUAAAACUCAUCAUAGUCCUUAUGAGUUUUCUUUGGAUUCAAUUAGAUCACCUCAAGAAAAUAGAUCAUCUAAACUAACUCCUGAAAUUAGUCAAUUCUUAAUGGCUUGUGAAAUUGAAAGACUCUCUGCUGAAAAUGAAAAACUAAAAUUUAGAAUCAAAGAAAUGUAAGACAAUGCAUAAGAUAAGUAUCAUUUAGAACUAUAAAUCAUUGAUUUAACUCAUAGAUUAAAUGACAUGUCAAAGAUUAUUGAAAUAUAGAAAUAUGAUAAAUCUGAGUUAAUUAUGCAAACUACAACAUUAUAAAAGGAAAUCUAACAUUAGAAAUAAUAACAAACAGAUUUUUAUGAAAGUCGAAUAUCUAAUCUCUUAAAUGAAGUUGAUAAUCUUACGACCUAAUUAAGAGAAUUUGACACUCUUAAAUUUGAUGAAAUCUAAAUAUUAAGAAAUGAAUUAGAAUUUGCAAUGAAGACUGAAAUUGAAAAGAAAAAACAGAAACAAGAACUCAAUUCUUAAAUUUAAAGAGAAUUUUUAGAAGGAGAGUUGAAAAAGUGGAAAGAAAUGUGCAAUCAAAAAUAAUCAGAAAAUGAUGAUCUCAAAAAUACAAUCUUUUAGAAGGAACUCAGUAAGUAAAGAGAACUAGAACAUUAAUUAUUGUCAUAUAAAAAUGAAACAGAAAGGAUGAAUAAAGUAUUAGUCUCCAAAUAAGAAGAUAUUGAGAUUUGGAAAUAAAAAUAUUUAAAACUUCAAAAUAUCAAUGAAGAUUACAAAAAAUUACAAAUUGAAAAUCAAUAAUUUCUUGAUAAAUUUAAAGCUUAAGAAGAAAGGAAUACACUUCUUACUAGUUAAUUAAAUUAAUACCGUUAAUAAAUUGAAAAUGCAAAUGCUCUCAUAUUGGCUGAAAAAAACAAAACUAGUUAAAUAUUUACUUAAUUAGCCGAGACGGACAAAAAGAAAUCUGAAUUUGAGAAUAGAUACAAAAACCUUUUGCUUGAAGUUGAUAAACUAAAUGAAAUUAACAAAACUAAGGAACAACUUGCAAUAACUCAAAAUAUUAAGAUUGAAGAAUUUCAACAUUCACUCAUCUAGUACCGUUCUUUAAAUGAAGAAAAAGCAUAGGAAGUAGAUACUCUUCGCAAAUUUAUAAUUCAGUUAUAAUAAUAAAUUGUGUAAUUAGAAGAAUAAAUUGAUUAACUUAAAAGAUUCUAAGAGAAUUGUCGAGUCUUGUCUAUUGAAAUUGAUAGACUUAAUGAAGAAAACAAGGCGUAAGAUCUAGAAUUGAGAUAAUGGAGAAUGCAAUAUGCUGAUCAGGGAUUCCUUAUAAAGAAACUUUAAGAUUAACUUUGUGUGAUAGUGGUGUUAGUAAGUGAAAUUGAGAGCCUAAGAUCAAGAUUAUUAGAAAAAGAUUUAGAAGUAGAAGAUGCUAGAAGAUCUAGUCUUGCUCCUUAUAAAAUGUGA